AACACAACCUUGAAAAGUAGUUACAUUGGUUACAGUAGAGAAUGCCGAAUAUAAAUAGACGAUAGAUGGCGGCAAUAUCCACUAAAUGCACCUGGAUCGCUGUAAAAUAGACGAAGAAGAAGACGAACUGAAAUUGGUCGAAUGAAGGAGUAUCCCACAAUUUCUCUGGACCGGUUCGACCGUGAGAACUUACAUGCCCGGGCAUAUUUCCUCUCCCACUGUCACAAAGAUCACAUGAAAGGAUUGAAAGGACCAGUACUGAAGAGGAAACUUCAGCUCAGCCGCACAGUCAGGCUGUACUGCUCCUUUGUGACCAAAGAACUUCUGCUGAGCAAUCCCAAGUAUUCUUUCUGGGAGGAGUACAUUGUUCCCUUAGAACUGGAGAGUCCAACACAGAUUUCUCUGGUUGAUGAAGCAUCUGGAGAGAAGGAAGACAUUGUCGUCACGUUGCUUCCUGCAGGCCACUGUCCCGGCUCUGUUAUGUUCCUGUUUGAAGGUUCUCAGGGAAACGUGUUGUAUACAGGAGACUUCAGGUUGGCCACCGGAGACGCCUCGAGAAUAGAACAUCUGCACUCCGGCAGCAGAGUGAAGGAUAUUCAGAGUGUUUAUCUGGACUCAACUUUCUAUGACCCACGAUUCUACCGAAUUCCUACUCGGGAGGUCUGUCUGAAUGGCAUCUUGGAGCUUGUUAGAGACUGGAUCAGUCAGAGUUCUUAUCACGUUGUGUGGCUCAACUGCAAAGCUGCAUAUGGAUAUGAAUACCUGUUUACCAACCUGGGAGAGGAGUUCAACACACAGAUUCACGUCAAUAGUCUGACGAUGUUCAAGAAGAUGCCGGAGAUCCUGAGCUACAUGACAACUGACCGCAGGACGCAGAUCCACGCCUGUCGACACCCUAAGGAAGAUGAGUUUUUCCAAGGCAGCAGGCUGCCGUGUGGCUGCACAGCCUCUGACGGGACUCCUCUUCGUAUAAUUAGCAUCAAACCGUCCACCAUGUGGUUCGGAGAGCGAAUGAAGAAAACCAAAGUGAUAAUAAAGACAGGGGCCAGUUCCUUCAGAGCCUGCUUCAGUUUCCACUCCUCCUACUCUGAGCUUAAAGACUUCCUGUCCUACCUCCGGCCAGUCAACGUCUACCCCAAUGUUAUUCCUAUUGGUCGGACGCUGAGUGAGGUUACACAGAUGUUGAAGCUGAUGUGCAGGACACAGUCUGAUCAAGCAUUUAUAUACAAACCUCUGGGAGUCCUCAAACGCACCAUGGUGGAACGACCUACAUACGAUUCAGACAGCGAUGAUGAGCUGUUUGACAGGCUGGACCUGGUGCCAGUGAGGAAGAAGAUGGGGAUGAACUGGGAAAUAGAAAAUGUGAAAGCUCAGAGUCCUCAGAAUAUGGCGCCCCCUGUGUCCGUGGAGGAGUCUUUACCUCUGACCGUCACAGACACGCAGCCUGUCGGGCACAACUAUGUGGACUGCACCGAGUCUAAUGAUGAGGAGGAAGAUGAUGAAGUUGAGAAGGAGGAGGAAGGGAAUAAGGGAAAGGGGGAUACAAAGCUGAUGAACAGGGAGACAAAGGAAAGUGAGAAGAAUAAAGAAACUGAGAAAAAUGCGACUGAAGUAGAAGGACACGGUUCCUCUAAUCCUCCAAAAUGGGAGGAUUUCUUCACUACGGAGACACUGACUGACAGCCAAAACAGCCUCAACAGCCGAUCCUGCUGCUCUUUCGCGAGCCCCUCCACCUCCAAAAUGACUGGCUCACAGACCCCAGAACUGUUUAGUGAAGAAGAAGAAGAAGAAACCCCUAACAAUGACGAAAACCUCUGUCUGACCCUUUCUGCCUCUCUGUCAAACCAUUCCUCCCAGAAUCAGGACUCAUAUUUGUCUGACACCUUGAUUGUCAGACCAGAGCAGGGGGAGUGGGAACAAGGAGACUUGGGGACCAAUCCUGCAUCUCAGGAGGAGGAGAGCAACGACCAAAACGUCCAGCCAGAGCUGGAGCAGCUCUCCGAGUCUCAGACGUCGUCUGACUUUGAUAUUCCCUGCACACCAGAGUCCAAGGCGCCACGACCUGACGAACUGUCGCAGUUGUACAGGAAGCUGGCGGCAGCAGAGGAACUUGACGUCAGAAAGGGUCCACAGUAAGAUGUUAGGCUGUGGACAACUUGGAAAAUGGGCAAGAUUUAAUGCCCUCACAAUGCAAAUCGGUACAACAUGAAAGUGAGAGUCAUGAUGUAUUCAGACUGUGAGCAUCUGUUGCCGUGUUGAUGCAUUUUUUGGCAGCUCAUAGUGCUGUAAAUUCUGAGUUGACCAACAUGAUGCUGCAUAUUAAUGGCCAGCGAGGUGGUAAACCCUGCCAUGUUUCCCGAUACCCAAGUUUAGGAGUUGUGAUAUGUUGCAUGAAAUGAAUGCAGUAUGUAAAAGAAUCAAAAACCAGGACAAAAGUCAAAUCCUGGACAUGUUUGAUUUGGUUUCUAUCAUAUUAAGUAUUUACCAUUAAAAAUGACUACCUGAAUGCAAACAGCUGUUAAAUCCGGUCACAUGACAAUUUAUCAAUUUUCCAAGUUGACAAGGACUUAAUAAGUGCAGUUUUUUGUGCUUAUGCAGAUUCCCAGAGACUUAAACAUUGUUUUCUUAAAGUUUUGUAAUCAUUAAUUCUUAGACUCAACACAAUACAGGACUGGCGAGUCAUAUAUUAAAUGUCUUGGAUCAUCUCUGUAGAAGUUUAAAUGUUACUGAUGGUGUUGCUCACAGUCUGAAUACAUUGUGACCUCAUCUAUAUGUGCGAUAAACACGUAAUCUAUAAUAUCUCACAUGCCUCACACGGGACACCGUUCCUCCAGCUUCAGUCGAACCUCCAACCACACAAACCUCUGUAUGUAAAGCAACACAUACACACAGUUCAUUCCAAUGCACUUGAAGUUCACCUGUGGCCUACAUGUAUCAGUACACCUGUACGCUUCGCAACUGACUUCUUCCUUUUUUGUUGGCAGUUUGUGGUUUGUCCUACUAAACACCUCUUCUUGGUGGUGAAAAGGAGUAAGUCAUGUUAAUUUACUUUUGUAUGAAGUGCAAUUAUUAGUAUUUAAUUUCAAAUUAAGAGCAUUUGUAAGUAUCUUAAGUUAAGAUGAGAAUAGCAUACUAAUGAAAACAUCUUCACAUAUUCAGCCUUGUAACAGAAAAUGGCGCAAAGAAAUAAAAGAUUUUCUAUGCACACAAAAGGCUUAUUUCUCCCAAAAUUUGUUCACAAAUUUCUUAAAAAUCUGUGUCAGUGUGGGGCUGCUCCUGUGCCAAGAUACUCCAUCCAUCUGACAGGUGUAGCAUAUCAUGUGCUGAUUAAACAGCAUUAUUACUGCAUUAGAGUAAGCGAACUGUGGUGGAUUCCAGAGCAACUGCUGCCCGAGGGAAAGUGUAAUUGUUACUCUUUGUUUCCAUUUAUUGAAAUUAAAGUUUAUU